CUAUUUCUUUUACCCUUUACAACUUUUGCUCAUGACCUUUCAAGAACUUCCAACGGAAAUUGCUUCUAUAGUAUUUCAUUUUCUACCUGGACCAUUAGCAUACCAAAGUAUUUUUGUGUGCAAGUCAUGGCACCUACACGCCACCCGAGCUUACUACAGUACAUUAUCGCUUUCUACCGAAAGUUGUGAACGUCUUCAAGUGUCUUUACAAAACAAUUGGGUGACAUUUCGUGCUGGCAAAUGGACUAAAGUUCUCAGAAUUUACAAAAAGUACGAAUAUUCUAGGGAGAAUGUCGUAAAGAGAAUGGGGCCUGAAGAAUUUACACUGUUGUUAUCUCAUUUGCCGAAUUUAACAACAAUUGACCUUACAUCUAGUCAGAAUGUUUCCUACUACGUAAAGUUAUUACACGACGUGGAAACAGUUUACCUGCAAAAUAUUCAAGAGAUAUGUCUCGGGAGUUAUAUGCGUGAUAGUAGAAGGGACUUAUUUCCUUUAUUUUAUAAGUUUCGGAAAACACUCACACUUCUGGAGAUGGAGUACGAGUAUAUCAAACUUGAUAAAGAAAACAUAUAUGGGUUGUCUUUACUUGUCAAUUUUACAUCUCUGUCGCGUCUUGUUAUCUACAGCUAUUCCACUAGUAAUCUAUCGGUUACUGAUAUCCUAAAUAACUGUCCCAAUAUUGUCAGUUUGGAUUUCAGUAGCUAUUACGCAGUGCCUGAUUCUGUUUACAAUCUGGUGACAAAUAUGAAACAAACAAAACUGAAAAAUAUUAAGCUUGCUAUUCCAACACUUACGAAGUCGUGUAUGAAUUACCUCAGUCGCUGUUUGGUACUUGACAAAUUGGAAACUUUUAAUAUCAAUUUAACUGAAGAAGAAAUGUACGGAAUGUUAAAUCGAGAGGGCAUAGAUAAUGUUUUGAAAAUGGCCAGGCAACUAAGCUCUGUCAAAAAUAUUAAACUUUAUGCCAAUCCAGAAAACGAUGGGACCUUCGAAUUACCCAACCCAGAAGACAGAAUGACUAUAUUGUAUUCGUUAAUCCAUGCACUACAAGGAAACCGAGUGAUGAAUUGUUUUGCGACUUACUCUGACAGUAAGCCAUUAGAAUUCUCGAUUAGCAUUUCUAACGGAGAAAAAUUGAAUUUUUUAUACGGCAUAUCUCGAAGCGAUUAUACUCCAGACUACGAAAAUAGAUCACUAUCCAUAAAUGAGUUUCCAAUUCCAGAUAAAAAUGUAUCCAUAAUUGGGCCUGACAUCAUCAAUAAGUUACUGUUCAUUAUCGUACACCCGACAGAAAUAUUCGCGCCAAAUUUUCUUCAGUACGUGGUUCUCAAUUGCCCUCAUGCGUCAUCAUUGACGAUUACGAGUUGGAAUAAUCAUAGCUCUUAUGAAGUGGAGGCUGAAAAAGAUACAGCAAAAAUAGUAUUGAAGGCGUCAAUUAUGCCAUCACAAGAGGUUCUGGGUUUAUUAUCCUCCUUUUUACCAGAAGCCAAAAAAUUUAAAAUCGAAACGCCAAGAGGUUGCGAUCAGUUUGUUGCAGACAAAUUUACUAUUGAUUUUACUAUAUUUCGUUUCUUGGAGAAGCUCACUAUUAACGUCCAUAAUAGUCAGCAUACGGUACAAAUUGCGUUUGUAAGCAUGAGAUUUGCUGAUGACGACACUAUUGAUACUUAUAAAAUCACACCUGUGAACGGCCCUAACUCUGGUUUCAAGUUAUUACCAGUCAAUGAGCGUGAAUACAGCAAUUCUUCCAAAGGAUCAUUAAUUAUAAAUUUACAUCGAAUUGAAACUGUUAAAUUCAAAUCUGAACUAUUUCGAAAACCUAUUGCCACGUUCCGUUUUGGGGAGUUAAUCUCUUCAAGUAAAGAUAAAUAACCCCACGUGUUUGAUCUAUACAAGACCCAAAUAAACCAAAAUCCACUGUGUAGUUCUAUUGAGUCAAUUCUCUUGAAUAGCAAUAAACCGAAACAAAAGUGCUCUUUUACAAAUUAAUAUUACGUCUUUCUCAACUUUAGUCUCCGUGUAAUCGAGUAUUUUUUUAAGUUAUGGAGAAAAAGGUAUAAAAUAAUGUUAAAUAAUCCAUGUUUCUAAUAAACCAAGUUGCUCAAACUUAUUUGGGUUGCACGAUAUAUUAAGUAUAUCUUUGAUUUGCGUGGCUAUAGUAA